GUCGCAGGUGGCCGAAUCCGGCCCCUGAGGAAUGUCUGUCAGCGUUCAAGCCCACAGCGUCAUGUUUUUAGGGAUUUUCGUUCGCAAUCCCACUUGAGUGCAAACUCGUCCCCUCUUUUCUGGUCGUACGUGGGUCAUGCGUUCCGGAGAGGUUUCCGCGAGUCCAACAGCCAGAGUGGGAGUGGGCGAGCCCGUCACGGUUUUAAAAUAAAAUGCUGAGUUUUAGUUGUGUACAAUGUUUACUCUGCGAGCCGCAUAAAAGGACAAAUCCGAGGGACGGAAGGAUUUUUUUUCUUUCUUGAAGACCUUGAGAGGCUGUGAAUGUGGACCGAGGGCACAUGGAACACCUGCACAAACACUGGAUUUUUGCCCCACAACAUCUCAAAGGUACCAUCCAACACCUGAGACCUAAGAGGAAAAGAGUGACUAUGGUUUUUGCUCACAGAAUGGAUAACGACCAGCCGCCUGUGGUUACUGCUACCCUGCUGGUGCCCCUUCAGAACCACAGCUGCGCGGAAGCAGCCGAGGCCCUGCUGCCCCAUGGCCUGAUGGAAUUCCAUGAGGAGCACAGCUGGAUGAGCAACAGGACAGACCUUCAGUAUGGACUGAGCCCUGGAGAGGUGGCCACAGCCAGCAUUUUCUUUGGCGCUCUGUGGUUGUUCUCUAUCUUUGGCAAUUCCCUGGUGUGCCUGGUCAUCCACAGGAGCCGGAGGACUCAGUCCACCACCAACUACUUUGUGGUCUCCAUGGCGUGUGCCGACCUCCUCAUCAGCGUGGCCAGCACCCCGUUUGUUGUGCUGCAGAUCACCACUGGAAGGUGGACCCUCGGGGGCGCCAUGUGCAAGGUAGUGCGCUACUUCCAGUAUCUCACGCCCGGCGUCCAGAUCUACGUGCUCCUCUCCAUCUGCAUAGACCGCUUCUACACCAUCGUCUACCCGCUGAGUUUCAAGGUGUCCAGAGAAAAAGCCAAGAAGAUGAUCGCAGCCUCCUGGAUCCUGGAUGCAGCCUUUGUGACGCCUGUCUUCUUCUUCUAUGGUUCUGGCUGGGACGGCCAUUGUAACUACUUCCUCCCUCCCUCCUGGGAGGGAACUGCCUAUGCGGUCAUCCACUUCUUGGUGGGCUUUGUGAUUCCCUCUGUCCUCAUAAUCUUAUUUUAUCAGAAGGUCGUGAAGUAUAUCUGGAGGAUAGGCACCGAUGGGCGGACCCUGAGGAGGACGAUGAACAUUGUCCCCAGGACAAAGGUGAAAACCGUCAAGAUGUUUCUCCUCUUGAACGUGGUCUUUCUAUUCUCCUGGCUGCCUUUCCAUGUGGCUCAGCUCUGGCACCCCCAUGAGCAAGACUACAAAAAGAGCUCCCUUGUCUUCACAGCGGUCACGUGGGUAUCCUUUAGCUCUUCAGCCUCGAAACCCACUCUCUACUCAAUUUAUAACGCCAAUUUUCGGAGAGGGAUGAAAGAGACUUUCUGCAUGUCCUCCAUGAAAUGUUACCGCAGCAAUGCCUACACCAUCACCACCAGUUCAAGGAUGGCCAAAAGAAACUAUGUUGGCAUUUCGGAAAUCCCUCCCGUGAGCAGGACGAUGACCAAAGACUCCAUCUAUGACUCAUUUGACCGAGAAGCCAGGGAAAAGAAGCUUGCCUGGCCCAUCAAUUCAAACCCACCAAACACUUUUGUCUAAUUUCUAAGAAUUAUUUCACUGUCACGUGCAGAGAUUAAAAGGCUUUAACUAUGA